CUUCAAAUACAUGUAGACGGGAAACCGAAACAGGAGUUUUCGUUCGACCGGGUCACUUCACCGGGCACACGCACUUACCCAGCUUCCCUCGAGGAUAACAGAUAACCGAAUAUAAGACGCUAAAAAAACUGCGAAGGAAGAGAGCGAGUUACCGAAGGACGGUUUAUAACCCAACUCCGCGCAUACGUAGUUUUAGCUCGCUAGCCGGCUAACGACGCUAGCUCGGGAAGAAAGGCCUUCAGGUUGACCCAGCGUUAAUUAUUUAGCGGGGAGCGAAUCAUCCUGGCAUAUCACAGUUGCCCCUCACUACUUGGAUCGAAAAACCUUCGAAGUAAAGAGCAGACCACGGAAAAAGGAUGGCCCUGAAAAGGAUCCACAAGGAGCUUAAUGACCUGGCUCGUGACCCUCCAGCACAGUGCUCAGCCGGCCCUGUGGGAGAUGACAUGUUUCACUGGCAAGCCACAAUCAUGGGACCUAAUGACAGUCCAUAUCAGGGAGGUGUUUUCUUCUUGACAAUUCAUUUUCCAACAGACUACCCCUUCAAACCACCCAAGGUUGCAUUUACGACAAGAAUUUACCACCCAAAUAUUAACAGUAACGGCAGUAUCUGUCUGGAUAUUCUCAGAUCACAGUGGUCUCCUGCACUUACUAUUUCUAAAGUUCUUCUCUCCAUUUGCUCACUCCUAUGUGACCCGAACCCCGACGACCCACUAGUGCCAGAGAUCGCACGAAUCUACAAAACAGAUAGUCAGAAGUACAAUAAACUAGCUCAGGAGUGGACGGCGAAGUAUGCCAUGCUUUAGGAUACACCAAAAUGGCAAAAGAAUGGACACAAAAGUACGCGAUGUGAUGGCGUCCUAUGGAAAGCUGGUGGAAAAUGUUGUUGCUGGUUCAAACUUAAAAUUCCGGGAUUCAGUUUUUCUUUUUUCACUUUAUUUUUAUUUUAUUCUUUUGUUUUUGUUUUUUGUUUUUUUUUUGGUUAAUCAGAGCAUUUUACCCCUCUUCCUUUUUCCACCUGACGCGCUCAUAAGAAGAUAGUGUUUCCUCUCUAGGACACGUGCCAGUUUCUGUAACGUCUCGACUCCUCUGUUUUGUAUGGAGUUAAAAAAAAAAAAAAAAGAAUAUUAAUAAUAAUAAUAAUAAUUAUGGUUCUGAGCACUCGGCUUGAGCAUGCACCAGUACUUUUCUUUACAGCCCGAAAUUGGUGAUGUUAGUCAUUUUUACUCUGCACACACUUAGUAGAAUCUGAUGCAGCAUUUAACCCCACGAUGAUCCCACCGGGUCGAACCGACUGGAUCCUCUGAGGUUGAUACUUCACUGUAGGCUCGGUUUCUAAGAGCACUUGUAAAAAAUAAAAGCCUGCAUUUUGCCGUAACCCCAUUUACUAAUGUCUCAAAUUGGCCAAAUAAAAAAAAAUAAAAAAAAAUCAGCAUUUUUAUUUUUUUAAAUCAGAGAAGGAAAAUUCUGCUAAAUAUUGAGGGUUAAUGGCUCCUGGACUGGUGCAACGUUGCUACGUUCUGAUCAAUAAUAUAGGAAAUCUAUUACCUGAGGAAAGAAGUGUAUCUUAUUCCACUAUCAAAGUGUGUGUACAGAGAAGCACAGCAGUAUAUAUCAAUGUUAAGGAAACAAAAUAUAAGAACUUCAAUGUUGUAUUUUAUGCAUGUUAAUAAAGGUAGGCUAUUAUAUCUGAUAUGUUUCUGCAAAUUAAGUGGAUUGUAAAGGUUGAACAGUUGGAAACAAUUUGGUUCCCCUCAAAGGCUUUCUAUUUCUCUUCUCUUUUUUUUUCUGUUUAGAAGCCAGUAGAUGAGCAGUUAGUUUUUACGCCCACUCAAACACUGUCUUCUUGUAGCCCUAAAAUACUGAUGCAAAGCUAAUGGUUGAUAAUCAACUUGUGGCUCUGUUUCUUUUUAGUUUUCCCUUCAAUAAAGUUACUCAAACCAUAAAAA